AUGUUGCAGCAGCAGUCCUAUACCGGUAGAAGGGUCAUACCAUCUGAUCUGGCUGACACUCCCUGCACCAACCUCAGGAUCAUUGGGGUAUUGGACAAGUUCAAUGUGGCACUCAGCACGUCAUACACUCUAGACCGUUCCCCUGUCCUAAAAUCAUUUCUUGAAUCCUGCAUCGAAAAUAAUUAUGAUUUUAGGACCGCUUAUGCUCAUUUUCACCCAACUUCACAUUUGUAUAACAUUGCAUAUGAGUUAGGUGAGCACGAAGUGAAGCACACAAAGGACAGAGGGAUGCGAGAAGAGGUGCUCUGUGAUCACAGGAUCAGCAUGAGGGAAGUACCCCCUCAGCAUGUGUGGGAUCUGCGUGCUAAUCGGGUGGUGCCUUACUGGCUUGUUGAUAACAAACCAUGGGGAAUAUCACAUGCAUGGGUGGAUGAGAAGGAUUGCAAGGAAGUGUGGACCCCUAUCAAUGGAUAUGAGUGGCCCGUACCUAUGCCAAAGGAUGCUGACCUUAAAUUGAUCCGCAUUGAGAUGUUGAAUGAAGGAGCAGAUUAUGCAUGGUUGGAUGUUCUGUGUUUGAGGCAGAAGUAUGAUGUUAGGGAGGAACAUCUUGAAGAGGAUCACCACAGAGACAAUCUCCAUGUGGAGGAGUGGAAACUCGAUGUGCCCACAAUCGGCUAUGUGUAUGAAUGCUCGCCAUGUGUGGUGUACUACCUCAAUGGACUGGGUCAGCCACUGAGUGUAACACCCAGAUACUUCAAAAGUGAUCGGUGUUGGUUCAAUCGAGCUUGGACACUUCAGGAGACUGGUGGCAUAAUCUUCAUUGGUGGUGACACUGGUGAUGACAGACUUCGAGCUAGGUUCUAUGAAAAACUGAAAUUAUUACAGGAUAUGCAUCCAUGCUAUUCAGUAGGUAAGCUUCUCUCGGAGAUGCAGAAGUGGGUGUCAACAUAUCCUGUUGACAGAGUUGCAGGCUUGGUAUACUGUCUUAGAUCAUCAUAUAUCCCAAUAUAUGAUGCAGAGCAGUCAGAAGAGUGUGCAUGGGUAGAGCUCAUGAAUGCCAUGGAAUACUCUUCCUCAAGACCACUAUUGUUCUGCCACCCUGAGCCUGGGAGUGGAAGCAAAUUUUAG